AUGCACGUCGAUAACUUAUAUUACGCUAACAUUUAAUUAAAUAAGCCAGUAUUCAGUCUCUUGAAUAGAAUAACAUUUGCGCUUUGCAAUUGGAGACUGCUGUAUAUGGGCGGGACUUCCUUGUAGCCAACACUGUUUAUUUGUGCGUGUUGCAGAAAUAGCAGAGAGAUCUUGCACAGAGCAGAUAAGAAGUUUGUAUUACAGGGUGGUAUGAUGUUGUGGAGCGUAAUGCUGGGUUGCAGCUCACGAAGAGGAGGAAGCUGCUAUCUGGGAUGGCUUCUGACCUUAACCCUGACCCUGCCUCUGGCCUCCCUACAGAUGGACCACCAUGGACACCAAGGACACCCACUCCAUCCUCACCACCAGGCCACCAGAGGGGCUCGCCCCAAGCUACUGCUGCUGUCCUUCGAUGGGUUCCGCUGGGACUACGUGGACCGUGUCCCCACCCCUAACUUCCAUGCCCUGAUGGAGGAAGGGUCAAUAGUUGAGCAGGUUGAGAACACCUACAUCACUAAAACCUUCCCUGACCACUACACCCUGGUCACCGGGCUGCAUGCCGAGACGCAUGGCAUCGUGGGUAACGAGAUGUACGACCCAGACCUUAACGCCUCCUUCUCCAUGGAGACGCAUAGCGCCUACGAGCCACGCUGGUGGGCUGGGGCAGAGCCUCUGUGGGUGACCAAUCAGAAGCAGGGUGGGCGGAGCGGCGGGGUGAUGUGGCCGGGGUCGGACGUGGAGAUCGGGGGGGCGUACCCGUCACGCUACCUUCCGUACAACGCAUCGCUGAGCUUCGAGAGGCGCGUGGAGACGAUGGUAGCCUGGCUGAUGGGGGAGAGGCCAGGGGAGGGGGUUCGGUCUGUGCAGGGGGGUGUGGACUUUGGCGUGUUAUACUGGGAGGAGCCUGACGAGAGCGGUCACAAUCUGGGCCCAGAGAACCCUCUAAUGGACGCGGUCAUUGCUGAUAUCGACGACAAGCUGGGCUUCCUCCGCAAUGAGCUGCGCAAGAUGGGUCUGUACGAAAGUGUGAACCUGAUUGUGACCAGUGAUCAUGGCAUGACCCAGCUCUCCAAAGACAAGGUGAUUGAGCUGGACCAAUACCUGGACAGAGACCUCUACACCUGGGUGGACAAGAGUCCUGUGGUGGGGAUACUGCCUAGAGACGGUAAGUUAGAGGAGGUGUACAGUGCGCUGGUUGAGGCCAAUCCCAACAUGGUGGUGUAUAGGAGGGAGCAGAUCCCCGAGCGUCUCCACUACCGUCACAACAACAGGAUCAUGCCCAUAAUUAUCGAGGCCAAGGAGGGCUGGACCAUCACCCAGAACAGAACCACAGGACCACACAUGUUGGGUAACCACGGCUACGACAACACCCUACCCAGCAUGCAUCCUGUCUUGGUGGCGCGUGGCCCCGCCUUCCGUCAGGACUACGUGAAGAGUUCCAUGCGUUCCGUUGACCUCUACCCCCUCAUGUGUCACAUCCUGUCUGUCCGGCCCCGCCCCAACAAUGGUUCUCUAGCCCGGGUUAUGGACCUCCUCUCCGAGCCCUCCCCCCCCACACACUCCACCCCGCUGGAGGGCAGAUACCAGCCUUCCUUCGCCACCGCCCUGGGCGUGGUCCUGGGGGUUGUCAUGGUGACAGGGUUCCUGGUGGUUAUCGUCAAACAGAUGACGCUCCGACAACUACCCAGCAGGCAGAGCGAGAUGGCCCAGCCGCUAUUACUUGAAGAACUACAGCUUUAGAGGAGAGGAGAGGAGAAGAGAAGAGAAGAGAGGAGAGGGAGUUAGGAGAAGAGAGAGAGAGAGGAGGAGAGAAGAAAGUAGAAGGAGAGAGAGAAGGAGAGGAGAAGAUGAGUCAGUGUGGUGGUGGAGGAGGAGAGGAUAGAGUGUGGCAUUGUUCUGAUGGUUAUUUUGUUGUUUAUCUCAUCAGAGAGGAGCAAUAACAAUAAGAACCAAUAGUACACUGGACACCAAGCAUAAUAAGUGAGUAAAUCUAGUAUGUGGUUGAGUUGUUAUGCUAAGCCGUACAGUUACUACUUUAGUCCAUGGAGUUGUCGUCAUGACUACCACGUUACUGCUUUAGUCCAUAUAGUUGUCGUCAUGACUACCACGUUACUACUUUAGUCCAUGUUGUUGUCGUCAUGGUUACCAGGUUACUGCUUUAGUCCAUGUUGUUGUCGUCAUGGUUACCAGGUUACUGCUUUAGUCCAUGUUGUUGUCGUCAUGACUGCCACGUUACUACUUUAGUCCAUGUUGUUGUCGUCAUGGUUACCAGGUUACUGCUUUAGUCCAUGUUGUUGUCGUCAUGACUACCACAUUACUAUUUUAGUCCAUAUAGUCGUAGUCAUGACUACCACAUUACUAUUUUAGUCCGUAUAGUUGUAGUCAUGACUACCACAUUACUACUUGUUCCUGUUCAGUACUUAGUUAUCCUCUACUUCAUAGGAGAUCAUCUUUCUAUUAUAUGUGCAAUAAUGUUGUUUUAUAUAUGUUAGUCUGUAGGGGGUGUGUUUCUGUACAGACGCAUGUGUAUUGCCCCUAUAAAGUGUUAGAAUCAUAAACCACUAACCAUUCAGGGCUUGACAUUCAGGUACAUUUGUCAGUGGCACACCUUUCCAGUACCAAGUGGAAAACUACUGUCCCGAAUGAGAAAAUGACUGGCUGGGCCAAGUUAUGCACACACAAUUUGAAUCAUGGGUGAUUUCAUGUCUGGGCCCUUUUUUAAUUUCUAUAUAGCCAACUAUACAAUCUGAUAUUUACACUGGUUGUUUGGAGAACAAAAGUAAAGCCACCCCUCUCAGUGAGGACAUAUAGCCUUAACCUUUAAAGAAAAUGUCAUAAAUUAGCCCAAUAACAUAUUGAUGAAAUGUAAUAUCUUCAGGGCCUAUAUAGUAAAUGGUGCUUAUUAGAGGCCGGUAUGCUAUUUUAAAAAUAAGCAUUAUCACCUGUAGCCUGAUACACCAUGGUGACUACAUGGUGACUACAUGGUCUUCUGUCUGAUGCAGCAUGGUGACUACAUGGUCUCCUAUCUGAUGCAGCAUGGUGACUACAUGGUGACUACAUGGUCUCCUGUCUGAUACAGCAUGGUGACUACAUGGUCUCCUGUCUGAUGCAGCAUGGGGACUACAUGGUCUCCUGUCUGAUGCAGCAUGGUGACUACAUGGUCUCCUGUCUGAUGCAGCAUGGUGACUACAUGGUCUCCUGUCUGAUACAGCAUGGUGACUACAUGGUGACUACAUGGUCUCCUGUCUGAUGCAGCAUGGUGACUACAUGGUGACUACAUGGUCUCCUGUCUGAUACAGCAUGGUGACUACAUGGUCUCCUGUCUGAUGCAGCAUGGUGACUACAUGGUCUCCUGUCUGAUACAGCAUGGUGACUACAUGGUCUCCUGUCUGUUGCAGCAUGGUGACUACAUGGUGACUACAUGGUCUCCUGUCUGUUGCAGCAUGGUGACUACAUGGUGACUACAUGGUCUCCUGUCUGAUGCAGCAUGGUGACUACAUGGUCUCCUGUCUGAUGCAGCAUGGUGACUACAUGGUGACUACAUGGUCUCCUGUCUGAUUCAGCAUGGUAACUACAUGGUGACUACAUGGUCUCCUGUCUGAUGCAGCAUGGUGACUACAUGGUCUCCUGUCUGCUGCAGCAUCGUAACUACAUGGUGACUACAUGGUCUCCUGUCUGAUGCAGCAUGGUGACUACAUGGUCUCCUGUCUGAUACAGCAUGGUGACUACAUGGUCUCCUGUCUGUGUCAGCAUGGUGACUACAUGGUGACUACAUGGUCUCCUGUCUGAUACAGCAUGGUGACUACAUGGUCUCCUGUCUGAUGCAGCAUGGUGACUACAUGGUGACUACAUGGUCUCCUGUCUGAUGCAGCAUGGUAACUACAUGGUGACUACAUGGUCUCCUGUCUGAUGCAGCAUGGUGACUACAUGGUCUCCUGUCUGAUGCAGCAUGGUGACUACAUGGUCUCCUGUGUGAUACAGCAUGGUGACUACAUGGUCUCCUGUCUGAUGCAGCAUGGUGACUACAUGGUCUCCUGUCUGAUGCAGCAUGGUGACUACAUGGUGACUACAUGGUCUCCUGUCUGAUGCAGCAUGGUGACUACAUGGUCUCCUGUCUGAUACAGCAUGGUGACUACAUGGUCUCCUGUCUGAUGCAGCAUGGUGGCUACAUGGGGACUACAUGGCCUCCUGUCUGAUACAGCAUGGUGACUACAUGGUCUCAUGUCUGAUGCAGCAUGGUGACUACAUGGUCUCCUGUCUGAUGCAGCAUGGUAACUACAUGGUGACUACAUGGUCUCCUGUCUGAUACAGCAUGGUGACUACAUGGUCUCCUGUCUGAUACAGCAUGGUGACUACAUGGUCUCCUGUCUGAUACAGCAUGGUGACUACAUGGUCUCAUGUCUGAUACAGCAUGGUGGCUACAUUGUCUCCUGUGUGAUGCAGCAUGGUGACUACAUGGUGACUACAUGGUCUCCUGUCUGAUACAGCAUGGUGACUACAUGGUCUCCUGUCUGAUACAGCAUUGUGACUACAUGGUCUCCUGUCUUAUACAGCAUGGUGACUACAUGGUUCCCUGUCUGAUACAGCAUGGUGACUACAUGGUUUCCUGUCUGAUACAGCAUGGUGACUACAUGGGGACUACAUGGUCUCCUGUCUGAUACAGCAUGGUGACUACAUGGUCUCCUGUCUGACACAGCAUGGUGGCUACAUGGCUGAAGCAUGGGAUUUAUCCUCUGCAUUGUUUACCCCAAUGGGUGAAUCAUUAGCUAGAUCAGACUCUAAAUAUGAUCUUGUUGCUUGUUUAAGGUAUGAAUAAACUCCCACUAGCAUAGUAAAAUCUUGUGAACACAUAAUUUAGGAAUGUUGCCCUGUGACUGGGUUUAUUAGAACACAGCAUAUAGGAAUGUUGCCCUGUGACUGGGUUUAUUAGAACACAGCAUUUAGGAAUGUUGCCCAGUGACUGGGCUUAUUAGAACACACUUCUUUCCACCCAGCUGAGGAGUUGAGAGCUCUCACCAUCUGACAGUUGAUAUUCAGCUGAUAAAUAAACCACAUAGAUCAUCUGGAAUGUAAAUCUGUUUUUUUAAACAAUUAUUUGUGUGUGUGUGUGUGUGUGUGUGUGUGUGUGUGUGUUAAAGAAAAGCACUUUUUUUUGUACCUUUUUUAAAAUUACAUCAAAUUGAUCAGAAAUACAGUGUAGACAUGACUAUUGUAGCUGGAAACGGCCUUCUAGGCAGAGUUCCUCUGUCCAGUGUCUGUGUUCUUUUGCCCAUCUUAAUAUUUUAUUUUUAUUGGCCAGUCUGAGAUAUGGCUUUUCUUUGCAACUGACGCGAGUAUCUAGGCCAUACUGUGACGGGGCUUACUCCAGAUGGAAUUUCAGGCUUUGCCUCAGCUUGGAAACCAAAUGCUAGUUGAUAACAAGUGUGAAUCGUCAGACGUCAGGAAGAUUGUCAAGAAUUAAAUCCAAAUAUAAAUCAUUAUUUUCUGUUUUGUAGUUUGGAAAUGUACUGGGCCAAAUGGGUCAUGUGAAAGCUGGUUUUAAUUGGCCCGGUGAGCUCGGCAGAAGUUGCCAGCUCGCAGGCCUGAAUGUUAAGCCCUGCCCAUUAGUUGGUGAUGUCAUAACCAUUCGCUGGUGAAAAUUGCUAUAUGUUUUAAGGACUGUGAUGUGUGAAGUGCAAUAGGUUUUAAGGACUAGGAGGGAUUCUUAAUUUAGGAGGGAUUCUGAAUAAUAUGUGUAAUUCUUAACUUUCUGUGUUGAUAGUUGACUACUGAGUUGUGCGGUCUGAGAGGCCAUUUUGCGCUAAAUUAACUGAAUCGUGAUGAAGGGGGAGCAGUGCGAUGAAGUGCUGUGUAGGACAUGUAUGUUUUUGCACUCUUUAUUUUCAGAGCCUUCAGAAAGUAUUCAGACCCCUUGACUUUUCCAUCAUUUUGUUACGUUACAGCCUUAUUCUAAAAUGGAUUAAAUAGCUUUUUUUCCUCAUCAAUCUAGACCCAAUAUCCCAUAUUGACAUCACGAUACCCCAUAAUGACAUCACAAUACCCCAUAAUGACAUCACAAUAUCCCAUAAUGACAAAGCAAAAACAGUUUUUCUGAAAUGUUUGCAAAUUUAUAAAAAAGCAACAAAUGAAAACAUUUACGUAAAUAUUCAGACCCCUUUACUCAGUACUUUGUUGAAGCACCUUUUGGCAGCGAUUACAACCUCAAGUCUUCUUGGGUAUGACUUGCCUAGUUAAAUAAAGGUUAACCAUAUAUUUAUAAAUUCCAGCUUGGCACACCUGUAUUUGAGGAGUUUCUCCCAUUCUUCUCUGCAGAUCCUCUCAAGCUCUGUCAGGUUGGAUGGGGAGUGUCGCUGCACAGCUAUUUUCAGGUCUCUCCAGAGAUGUUCGAUCGGGUUCGAGUCAGGCUCUUGCUGGGCCACUAAAGGACAUUCAGAGAAUUGUCCUGUUGGAAGGUGAACCUUCGCCCCAGUCUGAGGACCUGAACGCUCUGGAGCAGGUUUUCAUCAAGGAUUUCUCUGUACUUGGCUCCGUUCAUCUUUCCCUUGACCAUCACCAGUCUCCCAGUCCCUUCUGCUGAAAAACAUCCCCACAGCAUGAUGCUGCCACAACCAUGCUUCACCGUAGGGAUGGUGCCAGGUUUCCUCCAGACGUGACACUUGGCAUUCAGGCCAAGGAGUUCAUUCUUGGUUUCAUCAGACCAGAGAAUCUUGUUUCUCAUGGUCUGAGAGUCCUUUAGGUGCCUUUGGCAAACUCUAAACGGGCUGUCGUGUGCCUUUUACUUAGGUGUGGCUUCCGUCUGGCCACUCUACCAUAAAGGCCUGAUCGGUGGAGUGCUGCAGAGAUGGUUGUCCUUCUUGAAGGUUCUCCCAUCUCCACAGAGGAACUCUAGAGCUCUGUCAGAGUGACCGUCUGGUUCUUUGUCGCCUCCCUGACCAAGGCCCUUGUCCCCUGAUUGCUCAUUUUAGGAAGAGUCUUAGUGGUUCCAAAUUUCUCCAUUUAAUAAUGAUGGAGGCCACUGUGUCCUUGGGGGACCUUCAAUGCUGCAGAAAUGUUUUGGUACCCUUCCCCAGAUCUGUGCCUCGACACAAUCCUGUCUCUGAGCUCUACGGACAAUUCCUUUGACCUCAUGGCUUGAUUUUUUUGCUCUGACAUGCACUGACAACUGUGGGACCUUUAUAUAGACAAGUGUGUGCCUUUCCAAAUCAUGUUCAAUCAAUUGAAUUUACCAACGUGGGUGGACUCUAAUCACGUUGUAGAAACAUCUAAAGUAUGAUCAAUGGUAACAGGAUGUCUGAAUACUUAGGUAUUAUGUGUAGAUUGAUGGGGAUUCUUUGUUGUUUUAAUCCAUUAUAGAAUAAGGCUGUAACAUAACAACAUGUGGAUAAAGUCUGAAUAAAUUCAAAUGUAAAUGCUUUUUGAUGUUGAUAACUGAUAGGUGCCUCAACAUGUGUUUUAAUGUAUUCAAAGAGUUGACAUAGAGUUGCUUCCUACUCUGUCAUACCUUUUUAUUGUAUUGAUGCUAUAAAUCAUUGUAGUAGAUUUAUUUCAUUCAGAUUAUUGAGUGGUAGAAAAUGUCCUUUUUUGUGCGAUUUUUGUUAGACUCAAUGAUUGAUUGAUUUAAUGAACACCAGUGCCCAAAAAAAUAGACAACUUCACUGUGAUGUAAUAAAUAAGGAGACACUCAGAAAGUAUUCAGACCCCAUGAUUUUUCCCACCAUUUUUUUUUACAACCCAGUCUAAAAUGUAUGAAAUAAUUUUCCUCUUCAAUCUACACACAACACCCCAUAAUGAACAGUGUUUUUAGAAUAAAAUAAUCAAAUGUAUUAAAAAAUAAAAACUGAUUUUUUUUUGUUGAUCUAAUAUUAAUAAAAAGGAAAGUAAUAUCUCAGUCUAGCGUUUUAUAUCUUACAGUAUUAGAGGUGUUGUAAUUAAUGAGGUAUGAUAAAGAGGUGUUGUAACUAAUGAGGUACGUUAAAGAGAUGUAAUUAAUGAGGUAUGAUAAAGAGGUGUUGUAACUAAUGAGGUACGUUAAAGAGAUGUAAUUAAUGAGGUAUGAUAAAGAGGUGUUGUAACUAAUGAGGUACGUUAAAGAGAUGUAAUUAAUGAGGUAUGAUAAAGAGGUGUUGUAACUAAUGAGGUUCGUUAAAGAGAUGUUGUAAUUAGUUAUGUACAUUAAAAGGAGAAUCUGGG